CAGAGUGAGACGUCUGUGCCUCCGCCUCCUCUCUGUCGUUGUUGUUAACGGCUGGAAUGCGGAGCGAUGACUAGGUCCCCGCCCUGCUGUCUUUAAAUACCCACCACCACGGUGAACCGUUAUAAGGGAAAUACACGGGGAUGUGCUGACAUUACUCGCAAUUUUAUUUACACUGUGAAUACCUGCAGAACUUCGUUUUUGUCGGACUUCUAACAUGGAGCUGGACCGGCGGUUGUUGCUAGCUCACUGUGCGGCUCACGCCCUGUCGAUGGUGGCGGGCUUGCUGGUGGUCGUCCCCAUGGCCCUCAACGGCUCCGCUUUUAAAGGCCGCUGCGCGCUCUUCUCCGCCGGCUACUGGAGGACAGAGAACCGGGCCGAGCUGACGGGGCAGCCGGGAGACAUCUCUCACUUGGUGGUACAGCAGUGGGGCCCGCCGGCGGCGUGCCAGUUCGCCACAUUUGUCGGUAUUUUCACAGUGCUGUACGGUGCAGCGCAGGGCUGGAGGUGCCUCUUCUAUCUGCACGGACGACAUGAUGACACCCUGUUUUCGUCCUUCCUGACGGUGGUGCUGAGUGUGUGUGUGCUCUUCCUGUCUGGAGGGGCCAGUGUUAUCCUGUCUCUGGGACUGGUCUCCUGGUGUGACACCGUGACUGACGACAACACUCGGCCUUACAGCUGUGCAGAGUCCCAGUCUGUUCCUCUUUACCUGGAUGUGGACACCUCCUCCUUCUACACAGAGCUCAGCCUGGCACAGGCGUCUCUGUGGUGUGUGACAGCUCUGUGGCUGGCUCAGUCCAUCCUGGCUUUCCUGCGGCUCUACCACUCUCACAGCCAGAACAUCAGCGGGCCGUGUCGUCCUCGAGAGAAGGAGCUGCUGCUGGGACACAGUCCGUCCGACAGCGGCUCGCCCUCCCCUCUUCCUGCAACACCCACUCUCCUGGUCUAACUGACACUCAGUUAGAGGUAGUGACUUAAGGUGAUACCCUUAACUCUGCUAUCUAAAUGUAGUUUCAAACCUCAUUUGUGUCCCUCUGCAGUUAUUAUGUAAGAAUGGUUAAGACGUGCUUUUAUUUUGAUACAGCUCAUAAUUCAUCAUCUUAUAUAACAGAGCCAGACCAUAAAUCGUGGAAGUCAGCUGAUAAAUUAACAAGAAAAAGAUUUUUUUGGGUCAUUUAGAAACAGCAUCUCUAUUAUAUAGUUUUUCCUCCAGAGAGCACUGACAAGCUCAUUUUCACAAUGAAAAACCUGAAGUAAGUCACAUUUUUUUCAGAACCAAAGAAUGUGGUUGUUAUCUCUUUGUAAAAAAAAAUAUCUGCCAAUACAACAUUAUCAGAUUGUUUAAAUAUCAAAUAUUGAUAUCCAAUAUAGGUCAGGCUAUAUUAUAUAAUGAUGGGCCAACAUCACUGACAUUACGCUGCCUCAGCACCCGUCACCUCACAGUGACGCGACCGCUUAGCCCCAGUUUGUGCCUCUUAUAUGUUCAUUACGUUUACACAGGACUGAGCAUCUAUUUUCCUGAAUGAUACAUACCAGUUGAUCUUAAAAAAAAAAUUCCAAACACUGUCAGUUUACAAAAUCCUCAAAGACACCAUUUCUUAUGGAGAUGGUGUCAGCCUCAAAGUUGUUCUCCUGAGUUGGGUAUAUUGGGAAAUGCUUACAAAUUUAGUUGAUAAUAAAGCUUUUUAAUUUUUUGUGUGUGGUGUACAAAUUAAAUAAGGACAACUGUCAUUUCCAGCUACAGUUUUUUUGUUUAGAUUAGAAGAUAGAAAUCAAAUUUAAAAACAUGUAAACAUCUCCUUUUUUUAAUCAUGCAGCAAACUGAGUAUGUUUCAUCUACAUGGUUAGAAGAGUCGAAAGGAUUCAGAAUAGCACUAAAUGUUGUUCAACGAGCUUCUGGGCUUUUAAAACUGUCUGCAGGAAUUCGUUUUUCAGAAAAACCGAGGCUUAGCUCUGUGACUCCAGUGUAACAGUGUGCACUAACUGGGACUAACCUCAACUCUGUCUUUGGACAAAAGGGAUUUUACAGAAGACAAAAAGCAACACUCCUCAGAACAACUGAAGUGGAAGUAUUCAGUGAUCUAAUAACCACAGUGUUAUUGAGAAGCUAUUGCUUAGACAGGUCAUUUGACCACAGGCAGCCAGAGGGUGUUUUUCCUACAGCCGACUUUGAAUAUAUUUAAUAUGCAUGGUUGUUUACAUUUCAGAUGGAGUCUGACAUUUUGCACAGUAUGUCCUCAUCAGGGAGAAUACAUGUUUGUUGACUGUUCUGAGCGUAAUAUUCAGAUGUAGCACUGAGGUGCUUUCAUUGUGAAGCAUGUGGUGAGUGUGACUGAGCCACCAUGUACGAGAAACAGGCUCACUAUGUGAGCAUGACCUGAAUGUUCUGUUGUGUAACGGAAAAGUCGCUGCUGACCUUCUCUCUUCUUUUGACGAUUGUUGUUAUGAUGCUGUUUGUGUGGACACGGCCACUCAGGGCGUUAAUGAAGCAGUCAAAUUCUCUCAAAUGACACUUGUACAGUCUGUAGGGUACAAUCAGAAGCUAAACCUUCAAGGAUCUGUAAUAGUUUUCAUGUGGAGAGAGAUUUGUGCAGAGCCCAACAGGGUCAGUGAAGAGGAGAUAAGUUUUUAAAACAAAUGAUUCAAAGUUGCUUCCACACUGUCCUGUUAUCAUGGACUCAAGUGGCUGUAAUGAAACACAGACAGCAGAGCAAGAAAUCUGAAGUAAAGAGAGGUGAGACAGUCAUGUCACUUGCAAUGAAUUGUAAUAUGUGAAAUGUUUUUUGUAUUAUAACUGACAAUGUUCUUGCUUUUUACCUCUUAUAUCUGUUUGUGCUCAUUCACAUUCAUGUUUUUUGCAUUUGUCUUGUUUGUUGAAUAAAAAGCUUGUCGU